AUGGGAAUGAAAGCACGAUGCCAGUGCUCCAAGGUCCAAUUCACAGCACCUACAGACAAACCCCUGGUAACUUACAUCUGCCACUGCACCGAAUGCCGUCACCAAAGCUCGUCCGCGUUUGGCAUCUCGACUAUCUUCCCCUACUUUGAGCUGCCAGACUCAGUAUUUAGUCUGCUGAGCAGCCACACGCGAUUCACCCUCAAGGGCCGCUGGAUGGAGUGUUUCUUUUGCAAGAGCUGUGGUGCGCGCGUCAUGCACCGUUUCCGUGAUGUUGUCCCUGCGCCGGGGGAAGACCCGAGUCCGACUGCCAUUAUCAAUAUCAAGGGUGGUUGUCUCGAAGGUCUGAAUCGGGACAUGCUGCGUCAGGCGAUUCAUGUUUGGUGCAAAGAGGCGAUUGUGGAUAUCCCCGAGGGCGUGGAGAGGUGGGAUGAGGGAGCGCCCGGGGUGAAUCCGUUGCAGUCAAGUUGA